GUCAUAGCGCCAGCGGAGCAGAAUGGACGCACUGGUUGUGAUGCUACGUUCAAAGACUUGAUAUACGGCUAGUUAUCCUCCUGAUUCAAGGUCGAAAUGGGAAAAGGCUGUAAAGUUGUGGUGUGUGGCCAGGCAGCAGUUGGAAAAACUGCCAUACUGGAGCAGCUGCUGUACGGAAAUCACUCUGUAGGCUCAGAGUCCAGUGAGACCCAGGAGGACGUGUACGUGGCCUCAGUGGAGACUGACCGUGGUGUGAAGGAACAGCUGAGGCUUUAUGACACCAAAGGCCUCCACGAUGGACAAGACCUCCCAAAACAUUACUACUCAGUGGCAGACGGCUUUGUCCUCGUCUACAGCGUCGACAGCCUGGAGUCUUUCAAGAAAGUGGACGUUCUGAAGAAGGAAAUAGACAAGUCCAGAGAUAAAAAAGAGGUGACAGUCAUCGUGCUCGGGAACAAGACAGACCUGCGGGAGCGUCGUCAGGUGGACCAGGAGGUGGCGCAGCAAUGGGCGCGAGGUGAGAAGGUGAAGCUGUGGGAGGUGAGCGUCACUGAACGCAACUCCCUCAUCGAACCGUUCACCCAGCUGACCAGCCGCCUCACACAGCCUCAGAGCAAGUCUUCCUUCCCUCUGCCGGGACGCAAAAGCAAAGGCACCCCGUCCAACGACAUCUGAAACUCUGAAGAUCCCCUCGCUCCUCUCUGCUACUUUUAGUAGGCUGCAUUCACCUCAUAUGGGAAUAAUGAGCAGGACCAGGGCGCUAGUUUGGCAGCAUGAAUUUGGUCGCCUCUGUGUAAAUUUGAUUAUUUUACACACAUUCAUAGAGUCGUAUACAGUCUUAAUUUUAGGGGACAAGUUGUACAUUUUGGGAAAUACUUGCUUUCUUUCUGAGAGUGAUAUCAAACUCACGUCUGUUUGUUAAGCACAGAGCAAGGAUCAGAACAAGGUUAGCCUAGCUUAGCAUAAACACUGAAAGCAGGGGGAAACAGCUAGCAGGGCACUAUCAAAUGUCAAAAAGUGUGUACCUACCAUCACCUCUAAAGCGAAUUAAUUAGCAUUUUACAUCUUGUUCGUUUAAUCUGUAUACAAACAGAGGUAACUGAAACUAUUUCAUGAUCAUCCUUCCACCCAGUGUCUCUGGUUUUAGUGCUGGUACACAGAUAUAUGGCCAUUAACACAGUCAAAGUAAAGCUGGAAAUGUCAUGGAAUUUCACUAUCACAUUUUCCAUGCCUGGAAAUGUUAUGGAAUUAGUCAAAAUAAGCUAAAGUUUUGGGAAAAGUCAUGGAUUUUUUUUUUUACAGUAAUCUUCUGGGAUAACCUUUCACAUAAUGUAACAUCAUCGCAAAUUUAGUUUCUGAAGCGGUCAACGAAACGUGGCUCUAGUUUGCGUCAAUGUGUGACAACACUCGUUUACCAUCACGUACGUUUCUUAUUCUCUCCCCACGUUCCGUCUCUCCCUCCAUGUAUGCCAGCUAGCUGAAAUUGCAAUUGCGCGCAAACAGUGCAAGAAAACAAGUAUUAUGGGUCCUUGAAAAGUCAUUGAAUUUUGGAACUUUUGUCCAUGAAAAUGUGUGGGAACCCUGCACUGAGAGCAGAUUUUGGUCUUGUCCUUUGUACAGGCAUGAUGGGACGAAAAACUGGCAACCUUACUGACAUAAAGGCUUUUGUGUUUGUUUUUUUUUGCUGAGAAAUAACAAAAUGUGGUUUUAGAGGGACAAUAGAAGUGUAACUACAGCUGCCACACUAUACUCUCCUCUCCUGCUCGGGACAGUUGUUUCCCUGCUUCUGCUCUUUAUCCUAAACUAAGCUAACCACACUUUGACUCCAGCUUUGCAUUUAACCCUCAGACGUGAUAUUGAUCUUCUCAUCUCACUAACAGGAAAAAAAAAAGCACGAUUCCCCUCGCGUUUACUAAUCCAACGAGGAUGCACGUUGCCGUUCGUCUUUUACAGCAAACCAAACACAAAGUGUCAUCCACAAACCACAUCUGUAACAUUAAAACUUAGCACUUUAGUACCAAAGAUUCAUCACAGCCCAAACACAGAUGUUGAGUAUUUUCACUCUUAAAUUGCAUUUUUGAAAAAACGUGUUCACUGUCCUUCAUAAUUCCAAGAUAACUCAUUUUUUCUAUCUUUAUGUUAAUACAAUACUCACAUGCUCACAUGUACUUUGAAAAAGUCACGGUUCAGGGAUGAUUCCUGUCACCGUUGCAACAUUCAUAUGGACUCGUUGUACGAAGACAGACGGAUUUGAAACUGUCGUAAGCUGUGGCUCCGAACCUUAAACUCUCUCAUACAUGCUGCAGUAUUGUCAGACACUAACGUUAUACCUAUGAUGUUAUUUCCCAUCUGAUAUGAAUGCAGCGUAAAUCCUCGUCCUCUGGUAGGACUCAGCUAGCCUUCGUCCAGUCCAUCUCAUAUAUCAGUAUGGCCUGGCAGCAAUAAUAUUCCUGGUGCUGCCUUUACUUGUGAUGUAAGAUUUCAUAAUGUCUGUCUGGCGUUAGUUGCACUCCCGUGUCGUCCGGCCUGUAUAAUCCAAUAGGGCUACUAGUUCAAGCUGUGUAUAAGUCUAACAGUAGAAAUGUCAGUGUUGAGAGAUAAUAUUUAUUUUUUAACUAAUUUAUUUUUGUCACUUUAUUGAGUCACAUUCCAUGAAAAUGGUAAAACAAUGUGAAGGAUGACCUGCGCUGUUUUCUGUGUCCUUAGUGUCUCGAAGUAAUAACAUUUAAUGUGCUGCUAGUAGAACAGAGUCUGUAAUCGUCGACCCUCUGCUCUGUAACUUUGUCUUAAGAUGCACUGAAUAAAAUGUAGCCUCUUCAUAA